ACUGACAUCUGGUGUUAACAUUCAGUGAGUUUCAGUCAGUUUACACGUGAUAGUUACCGUGUCAAGUUUUCUAUCGUUCUCCAUUUCGUUUUACUAGAAGACGAUCAUAUCUCGUGCACGCGCUCUUUAAACGCGGAGUUUAAAGAGGAAGUUGGAUCAUUUCGUUGCAUUUUUUCGCGACAUUCCAAUCCCCUCGGAAGGUCAUUCUAAAUAUACACUAAACUUGAUAGCAAUUUUUAUACGAUCUCUAGAUUAGAUUGUGACGUAAAUGCCGCAUAAGGUAACGCGUGAUAAUAAAAUUUGUUGAUUAUCAUCCGGCUGCGAUGUCACUGUGAUCAUUGGCCGCAAGUCACGUGUGAGACAACCCGCGAUUUCCGACAUGUAUGAAAACCUGUUCAAGAGCCCGUUGCACCGUGUAUUUGUGUAUGGCACGUUAAAACGAGGCGAGCCGAAUCACGGUCUUAUUAAGGAUGCUGCGAAUGGUUACGCAAAAUUUCUGGGCGUCGGCAGAACGACAGUCUCGUAUCCUUUGGUGAUAGCUACGAAAUAUAACAUCCCCUUCCUGCUGAAGAAAUCUGACGUCGGCAAUCUCGUACUUGGAGAAAUAUAUGAUGUGGACUCUAAAAUGCUAAAGAAAUUGGAUGAAUUAGAGGAGCAUCCCACAUUUUACGAGAGAACCGAAGAAGAAGUCUUAUUAAUACCAGAAUCUAUGUUCAAGUCUGGAAAAACUUUCGAAGAGGCUGGCGAGUUGACAAAAACCUGGAUAUAUUUUCUGCCGAGAUACAGGUCCUCCUUACUAGAUAGUCCCAUGUACGCAUCUUAUAGUAAUAAUGGAAAUCAUGGAUUGAAAUAUUGUGAGAACGCUGAGGACUCGUCGAAUCUUAAUGAUGUUCUUUGAACACUUCAUCUGGUAUGCAAGAUGACGAAUAUGCUCUCCUACGAUACUAUUAAAAUUCUUGCGAUUAAGUGAUCUGAGAAAGUGAGAAUGUGCAGAAAAUUGAGUGAAAAUAAAGGUUGUUUGAUAUUGCACACACA